AUGGCACAAACUUCGAAUCUAAGAGCCUCUCCCAGACUAGGCAAACGAAAGCCUGAAGACCCCCCAAGUGCAACUACCACUGUUAAAAGCCCAAAAGACAAGGUUGCCAAAACUGAGACUUCUGAGGAGGCCAAGACAGAAAUCAAACUUGACGGUUUCAACAUCAACUUUGCUCUGAUCAAGGCGGAAGAAGUCAAGAGCUUUCGCGAAUUGAAGGACCACCCUGUUGGGACCUUGCAGGGAAUCGGCCCCAAGUACGCCGGGGAACUCGAAAAGUUGGGCCUCAAGACCAUCCAACAGAUGGCGGAUUACAAGUUCUACCAUCUGGCCAAAUGUAUCAAGACUUUGGCACAAACCGAGGAGACUGGAAAUCGUUUGGAAUCAUCCAAGAUGAACCUUGAGAGCGGGCUCAUUAAGGAAUUUGAGCCAUAUGCUCUCAAGGAUCUUUUGGAGCAGCCAAUCCACGCGCUACAAGGGCUCUCUCCAGCCGCUGACAAGACUUUUGAUGCUUUGGGUGUCAAGACCAUUGAGCAGUUUGCAGAUUUCAAGUACUUUCACUGGGCCGAGGCCAUUGUUACUGCUGCCAAAUGGGAACUCUAA